GUAUGGUGCGGCCAGGCUGUGCUUUGUAUGGGGGGAGACACUGCUGAAAUCCUUUGUUCAGAUACGCUCAAAGGAGUUAUUUGGAAGCUCAUUAUCAGUUCUUGCAGCUCUCCAAGGCAAGACUCGUGGGUUUCUCUUAUUUUAGUGCCUGACUGGGUGAAUUGCAGUGGCGAGAAGUUGGGAGGAGUCUUGCUGGCCCAGGCAGGAAAUGGUUAAGAGCCUUUCAUAUCACCUGGGAAAGCAAUCCUUUGAUUUUUCAGAGGGCGCUAACAUGCUGCAGUUCAUAGGAAACAAAGGAAAGGGGAUCAAGUAUAAAAGUUAUUCCUGGGUUUUAUUUUCAGUGGCAGAACUUGUGAGGGCUGGAUACUGAUGCCUGCUGGAAAAGAUGGACAUUUGGAUUCAAAAGAACUGAUUUUUCCUUAUCUGCUUUCUGAAAAUGAUCUGUGAGAUUAUUUUGUAGCCCUUGGACCUCUCCUUUGGAUUUUCUCCAGUUCACCCAUUAUCUUUCCCAAGUGUGUUGCCCCACAGCUGGACAAGACUUCAGCAGAAGCUUUACCACAGCUGACUGGAGGGAGAGGACUCCUCAACUGGUCUCAGUGGUGUCAGGAAGAUGGAUUUCCACCUGAGCCUUUCUUCCCUACUCUGAGUUGUCUCCAGUACUUGUUCUGAACUCUACUGCGGAUGUCCAUAUGAUUUGGUGUGGCUGUCCUCAUAAACUAAAAAAUAUGUCCAUCCGAGGCCUGAAGAAGAAACAACCAAAGACUUUUAAAGUCAAAGUUGUAACAGUGGAUGCUGAAAUGGAGUUCAGCUGUGAGAUGAAGUGGAAGGGAAAGGACUUGUUUGACCUGGUGUGCCGAGCACUUGGUUUAAGGGAGACUUGGUUCUUUGGCUUGCAGUACACAAUAAAAGGAAUGUGCACCUGGUUAAAGAUGGACAAAAAGGUUUUAGAUCAAGAAAUCCCUAAGGAAGAUCCCAUUAGCUUUCAUUUUUUGGCUAAAUUCUACCCAGAGAAGGUAGAAGAGGAACUAUUACAGGAAAUUACCCAGCAUUUGUUCUUCCUUCAGGUUAAGAAGCAAAUACUGGAUGAGGAAAUCUAUUGUUCUCCGGAAGCAACAGUUUUGCUGGCUUCUUAUGCUGUUCAGGCCAAGUAUGGUGACUAUGACCCAAAUUUUCAUGAGCCAGGCUUUCUAGCCCAUGAUGAGCUUUUACCCAAAAGGGUCCUCAGGCAGUAUCAGCUGACAGCAGAGAUGUGGGAAGAAAAGAUUACUGCUUGGUAUGCUGAGCACAGGGGUAUCGCCAGGGAUGAAGCUGAGAUGAACUACCUGAAAAUUGCCCAAGACUUGGAAAUGUAUGGGGUCAAUUAUUUCCCAAUUGCUCAAAAUAAAAACCACACAGAUCUCUUACUUGGAGUUGAUGCCAAAGGUAUUCAUAUCUACAGCAUUAAUAACAGGUUCUCUCCAAAUAAGUCGUUUGAGUGGAGUGCUAUCAGAAACAUUUCCUAUAGUGAGAAAGAGUUAACUAUUAAACCUCUUGACAAAAAAGCAGAAGUCUUCAAGUUCUUUUCCUCUCAACUCAAAGUAAACAAAUUGAUUUUGCAGUUGUGCAUUGGAAACCAUGAUCUGUUUAUGAGGAGAAGAAAAGUGGACUCAAUAGAGAUCCAGCAAAUGAAAGCACAAGCCAGGGAAGAAAAAGCUAGGAAAAAGAUGGAGAAUCAAAGGCUGGCCAGGGAGAAGCAGCUCCGAGAAGAAGCUGAGCGAGCCAAAGAAGAGCUGGAAAGGCGUCUUUUCCAGCUGGAAGAUGAAGCCAGGCAGGCCAAUGAGGCCCUGCUCCGAUCCCAGGAGGCAGCAGAGUUGCUGGCUGAGAAAGCUCAGAUUGCAGAAGAAGAGGCAAAAUUGCUGGCCCAGAAUGCUGCAGAAGCUGAGCAAGAGCGACAGAGGCUGGAGAUCACAGCUCUGAAAACCAAGGAGGAGAAACGCCUGAUGGAGCAAAAGAUGCGGGAGGCAGAGCUGAUAGCAGUGAAGCUGGUGAAGGAGUCUGACCGGAGAGCCAAGGAAGCAGAGCAUCUGAAACAAGAUCUGCAUGAAGCCAGAGAGGCUGAACGGAAAGCAAAGCAGAAACUCUUAGACAUAACCAGGCUUAAUUAUCCUCACAUGGUCAAGUACCCACAAUACUCGCCAGUUGACACCAGAGAUGCCAACUUUGACAAAGGAUCCAUAAAGCUGGAUUUGAAGGACAUUGACCUCAAGAGACUAUCCUUUGAGAUAGAGAGAGAAAGGCUAGACUACUUAGAAAAGAGCAGAAAGUUUGAAGAUCGACUGAAAGAACUGAAAUCUGAAAUUCAUGCUUUGAAACUAGAAGAAAAACAGUCUGGGCUUUACUCUCACUGGAAUGAAGUCCUGGGAUCAUUGGAUCGCUCCUUAGGAAAUACCCCAUUGUGGAUGAAAACCUUUGAAACUGGAGAUUCAUUGGAUAUAAAUCUUCGAAGACCUUUCCCUGCUUACUUGUUAAAUACUACAAGCAGCUGGCCUUGUACCAACAAAAUUCAGCACACGGUGCCAGUGGAAAAGUCCUCUUUCCAAGCCAAUUCCUUGGUUGCCAGCAGUGUGGGCACAGGAACUAGAAAACAGAUUAUAAAGGUUCAGCAGCACGACUCGGAUGUGAUCUACAUUUGAAGCCUCUCAUUUCCUUACCAGACUGGUAGGGCAUUGUGGCCAUCUUUUUUGGCUGCUGCAAACUGCACCUAUAUGAGGACACUUGCACAGCUCUGUCUGCUGACAGGCAGCAGCUUAAGAGACACGGUACUUUAGCUAGAGAGGUGCCAUUCAGCUUCCAAGCAGGUAAUGUAAGCUGGGAGCACUGAAACUGCCAGUGUAACAUGGAGUCUUUGGGUACAAUGGUAAACAUACAAACCCAGAGGAGGGUUGUUUACUACUUAUGCACUUUGAAGAAACACUUUAUACUUCAGUAAACCUUCCUCCCCCAGGUGUUUUUGCGCCCUGACUUCCCAGUAUGGUACUGAUGUAGAAAGGAUGCUAGGCAGCAAGUGGCCAGGAGAUGUUUGGGAUGAGAAGAAAAUUGUCCACGAGCUUGGUGUUUACCUACACAAUAGACUAAUUAUGUUUUCAGUCACGUCCAUGGGACAGGAGUCCCACAGAGCUGCUCAGCAUGUUGGUGUCUGCCUGCCAAAUCCUUUCUUUUGCUCCCCAAACACUUCUUGGUUUGCUUAAUUGAUUUGCAUUUCUCUGUGAGAAAUCUCAGCUUUCAGUUCCAGAUGUAGAGGUGGACAUCUUCAAAUACCUCUCAUUCCUGGGGGAAUCCUUUGUUUGAAAUGCAAAGCUUCUCUUCUCUCUACGGUUUCUGACUCCAUCAAGCACUUGCUGUUGCUUUUGCCGCUCCAGCAAACUUUGCAUACAUUAACUUGUUUCCCCAGUUCUGUGUAAUGCAGCUUGCAAAUUAGACAGAGACAAAAGAUGCUCUUGGUGUCUGCUAAAGUUGGACUUGUCUCUGAUGGAGAGGUGCACGCAGCAAAAUGUCUGCCUCAUUAGUAAAACCUACUUGCAUUUUCUGGUUUUGUGUGUGUUUAACUGUCUGUUUCACCAUAAAUCUUCAGCCUGGGGAAGCAGACAGUAAGCAGCUGUAGCUGAAGUAGUAGCACUGUUGAGCAUGUGUUGUAAAAAUGAAUAGUAAUGUUGUUAAAUAUCUUUUUCUAAAAGCUAAGAUUAAAAAAAUACAUUCAAUAAAAAGCUCCCAUUUCCA